CUCCGCCACACACAACCCCGCUCUAGCCUCGCCUCCCAAUGACGUCAGAACCCUGCUUUCUGGGAGCCUAGCAACAGAAGCGACCUCCGGGAUUGGUGUCUAGAAGAAAUUCGCCAUUCUCAUUGGACGAUGGAGUCACCGCCCACACUGAAGCGAGAAAGCAAAUCUUUUUGCUGUAUUAUUAUUUUUUUUUUUUAAUUUUUUGUUGAGACAGGGUCUUGUUCUCUCACCCAGGAUGGAGUGCAGCGGCAGGAUCUCGGCUUUCUGCAACCUCUGUCUCCUGGGGCCAAGGGAUCCUCCCACUUCAGCCUCCUAAGUAGCUGGGAUUACACGCACGCGCCACCACAUUCGGCUAAUUUUUGUAUUUUUUGUGGAGACACGGGGUGAGGGGGCGGCGGGUCUUGCAAUGUUGCCCAGACUGGUCUCGAACUCCUGAGCUCAAGCGUCCACCUGCCUUGGCCUCUCAAAGUGCUGGAACUACAGGCGUGAGCGACCGCGCUGGGCUAGGACAGCAGAUCUCAGUGAAUUUUAGUAGUUUCGUAGGGAACCUGGAUUCUACGCAACAGGAUCUCCUCAAAUGGCUCAGGCGGCUGCACUCUACUCUCUGUCCCCCUGCCACACACACACACACACACACACACACACACAUACAUACACACACACGAGCGCGCGCGCGAAAAAAAUUAUCAGAUCUCUCUCAGCCUUAUGCCUGAGGCCAAAAGAGAAGGGUUCAGCGUCCUAAAUAUAACACAAAGCAUGUGCCCAACCUCCACCCCCGCCCCCCACACACACCCCUAUCCUGGAGUUCUUCUACAAAAGCCUCAGUUUCCCAAUAUGUGGACUGUGGGCAUCUGUCUUUUCCUAUGCCCGCCUAUGACUGCUGACAGACAUCCCUCUGUUCAUUCGGUCCCUUGGAGACCCAAGGCUGCAGCCCUGGGUGGGGUCGCAGCUGGAGACAGCCCAAACACGCAAGGAGUGUGAGCCAAGCACAUGAAGAGAAGGGAAGGGAGACGAGGCACCCCCGCACCCGCAGGACCAGCCUGGACAUGCUGGGUGCUCCAAGGUGGGGCCCUACCCACACUGGGUGCUUCCUUGGGAGGAGAGGGGAAGAGAGAGGAGAGGGAAUCCCAGUUCUUGCAGCCACUGGGAAUCAAGAGGCCCAACUCCGUCUUGGUCUUCAAGCAAACAAACAAACAACAAUGGGCCGUGGGAAGGUGAGAAAACAGGGUAGUGACUUUCUGGGUUCUAAUGGAAGAGGGGGAUGGAAGCCCAGACUCCUGGGGUCUCCAUGGAGGUGGGGGGCUGGGCACAAGACGCCCAGGACACUUUUGGAUUCUGGUUCGGCCUUCCCAACCCAGAGGCCACAGAGGACUGCCCUGGGUUCUGACCUCAGCUAUUUCUCCCCGUAGGGUGAAUGUGGGUCCAGACCCGCCCCUCCUCAGCUUCCUAUAAAAGCUGGGGACGAGGUACUGCUGAUACACACACCAUGAGGUCCUCCAGGAGACCAGGGACCUUUCUGCUGGCCUUUGUGCUGCUCUGCACCCUCCUGGGUCUUGGGUGCCCACUACACUGCGAAAUAUGUACGGCGGCGGGGAGCAGGUGCCAUGGCCAAAUGAAGACCUGCGGCAGUGAGAAGGACACAUGUGUGCUCCUGGUGGGGAAGGCUACUUCAAAGGGCAAGGAGUUGGUGCACACCUACAAGGGCUGCAUCAGGUCCCAGGACUGCUACUCUGGCGUUAUAUCCACCACCAUGGGCCCCAAGGGCCACAUGGUAACCAGCUCCUUCUGCUGCCAAAGCGACGGCUGCAACAGUGCCUUUUUGUCUGUUCCCUCGACCAAUCAUACUGAGAAUGGCCUGAUGUGCCCCGCCUGCACUGAGAACUUCAGGGACAAAUGCGUGGGGCCCAUGACCCACUGUACUGGCAAGGAAAACCACUGUGUCUCCUUAUCUGGACACGUGCAGGCUGGUAUCUUCAAACCCAGAUUUGCUAUGCAGGGCUGUGCUACAGAGAGUAUGUGCUUCACCAAGCCUGGUGCUGAAGUGCCCACAGGCACCCAUGUCCUCUUCCUCCAUCAUAUAGAGUGCACUCCCUCCCCCUGGAAAGCGAUCUGAACAGAGGAAGAUAUAUGUAGUGUGAAGUCCCCAUUUGUCCUCAGCCUGUAACUGCCUGUGUGCCUAUAAAGAAGUUAAUAGAGCAA